AUGGCCUCGGACGCAGAGUCCGCCGAGGCUCAGCAACCCCACCCGUCCCCGAGCCCCGUCGAUGAGCCCACGACGCCUGACGACUCGGCGCCUCCUCCGCCUCUCUCCUUAUCCCAAGUCACCCUCCCGUCCACCGAGAUUCCCGCUUCGCCCAUCGAUGCCAGCCAGUCUUUCCAGACCGAGCCUCUCGACGACAGACCGCCCCCGGCUGCCGCGACCAUCAUACCCUCGUCGCUCACCCCACCCCCGUCGACUCAGGUCGCUGCUCAUGAUGCCUCCCGACGCUCCCUCUUCUCGCCCCCCGCCACCGUCCUCGCCCUCACCCGCCAUCGCGGCGCCGACUCGGACCCCGGCUUCGUCCCCCCCACGCCCCAGCAGGUCCUCGACGCGCCCCCAGACGAGCUGCGAGCCAUGCUGCAGACGUGUAUCGCCGAGCACCAGAAGCUCAAGAUGGAGGCGGCCCACCACAAGCUGCAGUAUAAUCUGCUGAGCAUGCAGGCCGACGAAGACUCGAAGCGCGCCGUCGUUGAGCACGACAUGGUCCGCAGGGAGGUCGACGCUCUCCGCCUUGCCGAGCACACCCGACAGGCCCGCCGCGAGCUCAGCACCUCGUCCGACUCGACCCAGGCCAAGUAUCUCCAGAUGAAGACGUGGUACCAAGAGGCCGUGCAGGAGACGGAUGCCCUCCGUCGCCGCCUCAAGGCCGCGAAGAGGGUCAUCCACCAGAAGGAGGAGGAGACCAUCAGCCUGUCCGAGGAGAGGGACCUGCUCCUCACCCGCAUCCGCGAGAACCGCGAACAUUUUCACAUGCUCUGCAGCCCUGGCGGCAUCUUCCACGGUGCCCUGACUCCCAAGCCGCAGACCGCCUCGACCCCCCAGCAGCAGCGCCUUGUGCCCCAGCACCCGCCCAAGGCGCCUCGCCGGGACGAGCGCCAUGUCCCGGAGCAUGGCUUGUCCGCCUUGAUCCAAGCCAUGAGCGCCCAGGACAACAAUAGUGCCCCUUCCACCCCCAGGCCGUCGCAUCGAGUCGUCCAACGCAAAGUCGGCAAGCACAGCCGCAACGCUCAGUCCAUGUCCUCACUGCCCACCACGCCGUUGAACCGCACCCACGACCCGAGCCUGCUGCCCUCGGUCGACCUGAUGGCCCCCCAUACGGAACCACACCACCGACUCGCGCAUCCACAUGUUGCGCCGACGACGCCCAAGCGCGACCGCCGGCGCAAGAGCCGCGAGAGCACCAUCUCGGCAGAAGACAACGAGGAGCUGGCCAGACAGGCCAUGGAAUCGGCGGCGGCGGCGCAGUCGAUUGCUUCCGAAGCCCUGCGGAGCUCGCAGCAGGCGAGACCUCGAGCCCGGGAUCGCGAUAGCUACGAGGAUGAUGGCGGCGACGAGGAUGGCGGCGAUGUCUUGGACAGCCAGGCCAGUCAGGCGGCCGCGGAGCUGCUUCGUCGGAAUCCAGGCCAGCGCUACGACACAACGCGCUCGGCAGCCCCGCGAGAUCGCACGCCCCGGCCCGCAGAGAAGUCGGCUAGGAUGCAGGCCCGGCUGCUGUCCGACUCGGGCGAAUACUCUCUGGACAAGCGCAAGUACGGCGGAGGGGGGUCCGGAAGGGACACCGGGAAACACGAGCAGGGUAGCCCUCCGAAGAAGAUGCGGGUGGGCGGGCCGCUGACGGAGGAUCAGCGGGUGGGUCUGGGCAUCCAGUACGGCCAGUAA